UAUACGCCAUCUUGAAGCUAUCACUAAAGCUAGUAGCCAGAAAGCGCAGAUACCUGUACAUUAUUAUCAACGCAGUCACUCAAAAUAACCAUAGCUAGCAACUAGUUAACUAGGCUAGCUGAAAUGAGCGGCCUUAACUCUCGAAACAAGACAGCUGCCACAGUCAAAGCACCAACAGACACAGAUAUCGGUCCAGCUGCAAAUUCGAGGGAACGUAAGGUUGGUGGAAGUAUGCUAAAGAGGCUCACAUCGCGACGAAAUCAAGCUGAAAAGAGGCCUGUUGUUACAGAGGAUGAACUCAGGGCGCUUGGAAAAGACAUCACACCAGACCAAGUCCUGGGUCUGCGGAAUGUCACUCAGGAUUAUCUUUGUAAACCAGAAGACAAUGUCUACAAUAUUGACUUCACACGUUUCAAGAUCCGAGAUCUUGAGACAGGGACGGUGCUCUUUGAGAUUGCAAAACCUCACAACUGUGACACUGAAGAGGAUGAGGAGGAGAAUGGAGAUGGAGACACUAGCGCUGGACGCUUUGUGCGCUAUCAGUUCACACCUGCCUUUCUUAGACUGCGGACUGUUGGUGCAACAGUGGAGUUCACCGUGGGAGAUCGGCCUGUUAACAGCUUUCGCAUGAUCGAGAGGCACUAUUUCCAAGAGCGCCUUCUGAAGAACUUUGACUUUGACUUUGGCUUCUGCAUCCCUAACAGCCGCAACACGUGCGAACACAUAUAUGAGUUCCCCCAACUCCCAGAGGAUCUAAUAAAGCGAAUGGUGGAACAUCCGUAUGAGACCAGGUCAGACAGCUUCUACUUUGUGGACAACAAAAUGAUCAUGCACAACAAGGCAGACUAUGCCUACAAUGGUGGGCAGUAAUAUAAGGAAAAAUAGAUUAUUGUGUGCAAUUUAACAUAGGGGGAUUUCCCCAGGAUCUUUUGGGAACAGAAGUGUAUUCUUCACAGACAUUCCAAUAAACUUCACUAUGACCAGAAAUGAAGAAACAGAACCAUCUACUUUCACAAGAAGUUACACUUUCAUGCCUUUCUAUGUUUGGGACUCAUUGGAAACCUAAGCUUAUAUUUUUUCAUAGGAUUUUUGCUUGUUUUUCUCUUUUCUCUCUCGUAUCUAAGUUAAUUGCCUAACAUUCUGCCUUCUGUUAUAUGAAUUGAUAGCAUAAGUCUGUCACCAUACUGCCCUGCAGAGCAUAUGGUAUCAUUUCUCAUUUUCUUUCUGUAAUUUAUGGACUACAAAGAAAAGGAGACCUCAGGCACAUUUUCAACUCUGUACGCAGUUAACCCAUUGGGUGCCACUCAUUGUAAUAACGUGGGUUUGUUCUCACAGGGGUGGUUAUGAGUCUCCCAACAAUAUGUGAAGUCACGCCUCUCGUGCCUUGUAUUCAGAUUGCUCAACCUUAGAAGCCACCUGAUUGUGUUUGAAGGAGAAUUUCCCUGGUAGGUCCAACUGAUCACUUUAAUAGGGCUUCAUUUUUUCACGAGCAAAGUUUGUCAUAACCAGAUUGGCGGUUUAUGAUAACUACCUAUCUGGUAUGAAAUGUCCAUUUACGACAACAUAAUAUUCUCAGACUCUCCCAAGGGAAGUUGCAGAGGGUGUCGUUUUGACUGCAAGCCAAAGUAUGAUAAUUCUAAACGCCUUUGAUGAAUGUGUUUCCAGGCUGCUUGCCGGGUAAGAGCAUGUACCACUAAGGCUAAGGCCUUAAUGCAGGGGCCUGGGUUUGAUUCUUCCCUGGGGUGUUCCCCUAUCCCCCUCUGCUUUCCUGUGUCUCUCCAAACUGUCUCUGAAAAUAGAUUGGGGGGGGGGAAUAAGUUAAAUAUGAAUGUUUUUGAUAUGACUUAGAGUACGUGGUGUAAUUAGCAUUUUCUUAACUGUUGCUGGAGGAGAAACAGUCACUUGUAUACUGCUCUGAUUUGCCCUUCAAAAGCAUUAUUUGGAAAAAGCAGAAAUAACAUGAUUGCUACUGAUUAUAUUAUUAUUGUUGAGUCUGGCCUUGUAAUUUUUUUUCUGUUAAGAUGGAAAUCAAUUGCACAUUGAACCCAUUUUGAUCUUAAAAAAUGUAUUUUAUGACCCAAGAUAUAAAUGUGCACCUGAGAGACUUAUGUGAGAUUUCAGUCAUAGUUACUGCAGCUUCUCUGCCUUUUGCUUUUUUUUCUAUAUAAUUUUAGGAGCAAUGUAAUGGAUUGGCAUUUGAUAUCUGACUUCCUUGUGGUUUUGUACAGAUCUGACUGGUAAGAACUAGACAUUCAGUCCUAUGCGCUUGUUUUAAAGAUAGGGACAAAUAAAUAAAUAAUAAUACAUUA